UUUGGAGAACAUGCCAAAACAAACAGAGAGAGAGAGAGAGAGAGAGAGAGAGAGAGUACUCCAUGUUUGGCGACAAAAGAAAAUUACCGAGAAACAGAGAGAAAAAGGAAUGAAUGUAUAGGAAUCUUCACCCGAGGACCAGGAAUCCUAAGCAACUAUUUUGCUUUCCUUUAUAUUACCAAGAAAGCUAAGAUUCUGUUUCCUGAUUUUCCUUGUAACCCAAUUUAAAGCCCCAACACAACCUUCUGGCCAAAAAAGGGAUUUAAAUCCGACGAUCCCCGUUCAAAACUUCCUCUGACUCCAAACAGUCUUCAAUUCUACAUCCUCCGUUCAGUUUUAAUCGAGUUUUUAGAAAGACAUUCAUGGCGGAAGAGCACAGAUUUCAGGCACCAAAAUUGUGCGCGAACAACUGUGGUUUCUUUGGCAGUCCAGCCACCCAGAACCUCUGCUCAAAAUGCUUCGGUGAUCUACAGCUCAAGGAACAACAAUCGUCAUCAGCCAAACAAUCGCUCAGCAAAGCCCUAAUUUCUGCCCCAUCUUCCUCCUCCUCCUCCUCCUCCACCUUCUCCCCACCAUCGCCAAUCGACGUCUCAUCGCCGUCCAUUCAGGUAUUAGAAACGGCGAAGAAGCACGCGGCGGUUGGGGAACGGGAGGAGAGGUCGGAGGCGGCGGCGCGUGUGGAGGAGCAAGAGCAACGGCAGAGGCCGGGCAGGUGCACGGCGUGCGGGAAGCGCGUGGGGUUGACGGGGUUCAAAUGCAGGUGUGGGUUGGUGUUAUGCGGGACGCAUCGGCACCCCGAACAGCAUGGAUGUAGCUUCGAUUUCAAGGGGAUGGGGAAGCAGCAGAUCGCCGUAGCCAACCCAAUUGUGAACGCAGAGAAGCUGGAGAAGAUAUGAUUAAUUAAUUUAAUUAAUCAGUUAAUAAAAACGAAGGUUGGUUCUUUGUUUUAUAGGGAAAGUGAUGAUGGGGGAUUUUGGUGAAAAGGGAACAGGUGGUGUCAGUAAAUUGAAGGGAAUUUUCUUUAUAAUAAUGAAAUCAAUCAUGGGCGCAGUAAAUUAAAAUUUAUUACCAUUUUGGAUAUAAAGAAAUUUUAGGCUGCAAAUGUCAAAUAAGAAAUUUAACAACUUGUCAAAUACCAA